AUGUAUCAGGAAACAUAUAGAAUAAUGGAUUCUCUUACAGCCUCCACCAUGUGGAUGUUUCCAAGACACAACCAAAGUUGGGUUUCUGAGUUCAUCCUGCUUGGCUUCUCCAGUGACCCCAUGACCAAUAGCAUCCUCUUCAUUGUCUUCCUUCUAAUCUACCUGAGCUCAGUCCUAGGCAACAGGCUCAUCAUCAUGCUGGUCUGCCUGGACACACAGCUGCACACUCCCAUGUACUUCUUCCUCUGUAACCUCUCCCUGUUGGAUAUGAGCUAUGUCACCACCACCAUGCCCCAGAUGUUGGUGCAUCUUCUUGCUCACUCUCAGACCAUCUUUUGCUGGCUGCAGAUGUAUGUGUUUGGUGCUGUGGUUAUAACUGAGUGCAUGUUUUUUGUUGUCAUGGUUUAUGACCGGUAUGUGGCCAUUUGUUAUCCACUGUGCUAUACUGUCAUCCUCAACUGGGGUCUCUGCAUACAAUUGGCAGCAGGGUCUUGGAUCUGUGGUUUCUUUUCAUCUUUAUUGCACACUUUCUUCACUAUGAGUCUGCCAUAUUGUGGGCCCAACAGGGUCAACCACUACUUGUGUGAAGGUCCUUCAGUGCGUAGCCUGGCUUGCAUGGAUACUCACCUCAUUGAGAUGGUGGAUCUGGUUUUGAGUGUUUUUGUGGUUGUGAUUCCAAUUUCCCUCAUUGUGGUCUCCUACAUUCAUAUUACCAACACAAUUCUCAAGAUCAAGUCUACUCAGGGGUGCUGCAAAGCUUUCUCCACCUGUGCUUCCCACCUGACUAUGGUUGCACUCUUCUAUAUUCCUGCCACUUACAUCUACAUGAGGCCCAACUCCAGCUACUCCCCUGAGCGAGACAAGCAGAUCUCACUCUUUUACAAUGCUUUUACAUCCUUGCUCAACCCUGUGGUCUACAGUCUGAGAAACAAGGAUAUCAAGAAGGCAUUUCUCAAAGUGAUGGGUUAUAGCAGGUGGGCUGGAGGACAAGGAUGGUGA